AAAACUACUGACUGUGCAUCAUGGAUGUGUCUCUGUCUCUUUUGAUUCACAUUGCUCUGCUUUCAAGCCUCUGUUUUGCUGAAGACGCUUAUGUCUUCUAUGAUUUUAAACUAUCUUACAUCACUGUCUCCCCUCUUGGUGUUCCUCAACAGGUUAUAGCAGUUAAUGGGGCAUUCCCUGGUCAAGUUCUUAAUGCCACAACUAACGACAAUGUGGCUAUUAACGUUCACAAUCAGUUGGACGAGAAUCUUUUGAUGUCUUGGCCAGGCAUUCAAAUGCGGCGAAAUUCGUGGCAAGAUGGUGUUCUAGGUACUAAUUGUCCAGUUCAACCCAAAAAGAAUUUUACUUACCAAUUUCAAGUUAAGGAUCAGAUUGGGAGCUUUUUCUACUUUCCUUCGCUCAAUUUUCAAAGAGCAUCUGGUGGAUUUGGUCCCAUAAUUAUCAAUAACCGUAAUGUUAUAAGAAUUCCUUUUGCACCACCGGAUGGUGACAUUGUCAUAUUGAUUUGUGACUGGUAUACUCAGAACCAUACGGCAUUGAGAACAACUCUCGACUCUGGUGGAGAGCUAGGGAUGCCUGAUGGAGUUCUCAUCAAUGGGAAGGGACCUUACCGAUAUAACACAACUCUUGUACCUGAUGGCAUUCCAUAUGAAAGCAUUAAUGUUGAUCCAGGAAAAACUUAUCGAUUUCGUGUGCAUAAUGUUGGGAUAUCUACUAGUUUGAAUUUUAGAAUUCAAGGCCACAAUCUGCUCUUAGUGGAAACUGAGGGACAUUAUACGAUCCAGCAGAAUUUCUCCAGCUUUGAUAUUCAUAUGGGACAGUCCUAUUCAUUUUUAGUUACCAUGGAUCAGAAUGCAACUACAGAUUACUACAUAGUGGCUAGUGCUAGGUAUGUGAAUGAAUCUGUUUGGGAAAGAGUAACUGGUGUGGCCAUCUUGCAUUAUUCCAAUUCGGGGGGACCAGCAACGGGCCCUUUGCCUGUUCCACCAAGCGAUAUUUACAACCAAUGGUCAGCAAUGAGCCAGCCUAAGUCCAUCAGGCAGAAUACUAGUGCAAGUGGAGCUCGUCCGAAUCCGCAAGGUUCUUUUCACUAUGGUUCUAUUAAUGUGACUGACACAUAUGUGUUACAGAGCUUGCCCCCACUUAUGAUUGAUGGGAAGCUUCGUUCUACACUGAAUGGCAUCUCUUUUGUCAACCCCGAUACACCAUUCAGACUAGCUGACUUGCACAAUGUAAAAGGAUCUUAUAAGCUGGAUUUCCCCAAUAAGCCACUUGGUAGAACUCCACAUAUGGACAGAUCUUUAAUUAAUGCUACGUACAAGGGAUUCAUAGAGGUUAUAUUGCAGAAUAAUGACACCAGAAUGCAGAGUUUUCACAUGGACGGCUACGCAUUUUUUGUAGUUGGAAUGGACUUUGGUCAGUGGACCGAAAACAGCAGAAACAACUACAAUAAAUGGGAUGCGAUUUCUCGCUGCACAACAGAGGUGUACCCUGGUGGGUGGACAGCAAUCCUUGUAUCUCUUGACAAUGUUGGAGUGUGGAACCUGAGAGUGGAGAAUCUGGAUAGAUGGUAUCUAGGCCAAGAGACAUACAUGAAAAUCAUGAAUCCUGAGGAAAACGGCGACACAGAGAUGGCUCCACCUGAAAAUGUUAUUUAUUGUGGUUCUCUUCAGAGCUUGCAGAAGGAAUCAAGAAGCUCUUCUGGAAUGACAUUGGUGAGUUGGAAUCCCAAACUUCUCACUUUGGUGGUCACAAUUUUAGCAUCAUUUUUCACUUUUCGCUGAUUGUAGUGUAGGGAAGCAGAUAUAGGCACCUUUUGUGUAUGUUG